CAAUCACAUGUUGGAAAGUCCACAUACUUUUGUGGGUUUUCUGCCGCUCUGACGUGUUUCUGGUGUUUCUACGGUGAUGUUUUGAUGCUCUCCUCUCCUUCGUUCACAGUCGCUCAGCUUCAGCCGCUCACAGCAGAAAAACAAAGGAGUCACAAGCCGACCUGAGCGGCGGCCUCGUUAAUAUGCGGCGUGCACGGAUAGAAAGCCUCUCUGUGGUUUCUAAUAAAGGCUCAGUGUUUCCGAGUGUGUGGACGUUGCCCCCUCAGUCCACUCUGGAAGGGAAGUGACUGGAUUACCCGGUAAUCCCAUUAUGAUGCUGCCGCGAUGUGAGGGAUUAGAAACUAGAGGCUGGAGCUCCAGGACCGGAUCAACAGUGACCGCAGGGAAACACACGGAUGGACCACGAAGAGCCUGGAUUACCCUGAUGGACCCCUGGGACCCUGAGCUGAGCCCACCUGAGCCCACAUGGUGAGUGUUUGUGGUCUGUGUCGGAGUUUUUGUGGGUGUCAGCGGUCCUCAGAUGGACAGGCAGUCAAACAGCUGAUGGAUGGCGAGGCGGCAGAGGAGGAGGCGGCGGCGGCCAAGUUUGGUGUCAGCUUAAUUGAGCCGUAUUUCAUAUUAUGUAAUGACAGCAGGAGAGACGUUUGUGUGGAGUCCAAAAACAUCUCAAGACUUCAGAAAACAUUUAAUAAGAAAACGACACGAUUUAAAAAAACGGGAUUAAUGUGAAUUUAACUAAUUUAUUUAGAUUAUCAACAAAACACGUUUAAAAAAUCAAUAAAUGUCCUUUACAGUGGUGAUUUAAUUUACUUUAUCACACUUAGACAGUGGAAAAUAUAGACAUUUAAUAAAUAUACAUCAGUUAUUUUAAAAUGAAACUAAGAAAGAAGGAAAAACACAACGACAAACAAACAAACAAAGCAGACAAAAUAAAAAACAAAAAAAUAAAGAUUUUUUUUAUUAUAUUGUAUUAUAUUAUUAUUUUUAUUAUAUAUUUUUGUAGAUUCUGUCUUUCUGUUUUUGUUGUUUAACUUUAAAUAUAAAAAAGUCGUGAGUUGAUUUUCGUCACCGGAGUCUAAAUAAAAUCUGUAAAUGAUCAUUUUUUCCACUUUAAAUAGAAAUCACUGUAACCUGCGGAUUAUAGAAUUAAAAUUAUAGAAUUAAAAUCAUUUUAAAACUAAACUUGAAAAUUCUAAUUAUAUUUCUAAAUACUUUAACUUUAAAAACAAUAAAAUUCAGUUUUGACAGAUUGAACUCUGCAGAUUAUUAAGUUUGUUUUAAUAUUUUAUAUUUAAUAUUUUCAAACCUUAAAGUACCUGAGUGAGGAGUAAAUCUACCGUCACUGUUUGAUCUCUCACUGAUGGACGAGGAUUUACUCCUGACUUCAUGAUCAUGUGACUUCAGGGUUUGAUCGUCUAAUAAUAAAACUUGACGAACUUCACCUUUAAUCACAUCAGGACUGACGUGUUACCGCUGCAGCGCUGGUCCUGACAAAUGUGGAUUUCUCACCUGAGAGCCACCGACCAAAACAGAACCACAGCGUGUUCUCUCCUCUGAUUGGUGGGUAGAUAACCAAUCAGGUUAUAAGAGGCACAGGUGAUAGAAUCAGAUUCACUCACACAGGUGUGUAUAAAAGCUGAAGUGAUGAAGUUCAGAGUUCGAUCCUCCUGAUGAUGAACGUUCAGACAGGACGGCGUCUUCGUCUUCAUGGAGAGAAACUCAGAAACUCUUCAAACAGACAGAAAAGUCAAUCCUCGAGUUUCAGAGGAAGAGAAAUAAAACAGGAAACUUGAUUAAAACUAAAAGAGAUUGAAAAAAAAAAGGAUUUUAAAGUUAUUACUCCUCUUCCUUCUUCUUCUUCUUCUUCUCCUCCUUCUCCUUCUUCUUCUCCUUCUUCUUCUUCUUCUCCUUCUCCUUCUUCUUCUCCUUCUUCUUCUUCUUCUUCUUCUUCUUCUUCCUCUUCUUCUUCUUCUUCUUCUUCUUCUUCUUCUUCUUCUGGCUGCAGGCGACUUUAUUUCAUUACCCGUUUAAUUAAAAAACACGGAGAAAUGCUCCCGAGCAACUUUUGAGCAUUUCUGCAGACUGAACAUGAAACAGCGACGGUUUCUGGAGCUCGUUUGUUUUCACUAAAUUUGCUGAAUUUCACUUUUUUUUUUUUCAAUCAAAUUAACAUAAAAGUGAAAAACCUGAAUAUUCAUCCUGUUACAGGAGCCUGCAGAGCGGCGAGGAGCGGCGAGGAGCGGCGAGGAGCAUAUCUGUUUUUGUACAAAUGAAGAGAGACGAGGGAAUGAUUAACCCGUGUGUGUGUGUGUGUGUGUGUGUGUGUGUGUGUGUGUGUGUGUGUGUGUGUGUGUGUGUGUGUGUGUGACUGUCAGAUGUGUCAGUGUCAGUGUGUGUGUGUCUGACAGGAGGUGAAGGUCUGGAUGAGGGACAGAGAUCACUUAAACAAAGACGGACCAGCAUCUGAGACGGACAGACGGACAGACAGACAGACGGACAGCAGCAGACUCUAACUCUCUCUCUCUCUCUCUCUCUCUCUCUCUCUCUCUCUCUCUCUCUCUCCUGCUGCAUUUGUGUUGAUUUGAGUCGAUUAUUCUACAGGCGUACAUAUACACAUAUACAUCAUCAGACUGGGAGGAGUGUCCCGCUGUAGUUCAGAGAGUUCCUCCUGUUGGCCGACAGACUCGCUCUGUUCUGCAGAAACAGCUGCGACUCUGUCAGGUCUGAAGAAACGGUCUGAGUCUGAAACUGUUUCAACCAGAGGAACGAGAAGAAGCAGGAGAGCCGGAGAUCUUCAUGCAGGAUUCACCGUCAUCAUCAACCUCUUCCUCAGCAGACCAGGAGAUCGUGAAGAAGUCCGGAGUCCGGAGUCCGGAGUCUGGGUCUCUGAGAACCUGCAGCUUCAUCAGGUAAUGAGUGAAAGUGGUCUGAGGGUUUAUGGUGGUCUGAGGUAGAAGACUCUGCAGGUCUGAUUUAUGACGGAUGUUUGGCUGAGAUGUAAACGAGAAAAUGUUUUAAUAACUUCAUUCAGCUGAGAAGGUUUCAGUGAGAGGAGCAGAAAAGUGUCUGUGAGAAAAUCAACAAGAAAUCUUCUAAUGUGACGAGAAGAGAAAAAACUGGGACCUGAGAUCUGGAGUCUUCAGACCAACAUGAUCCCUGAAAAACCCUUCAGAGUGACUCUGGAGCCUCUGAGUUCGGCGUUUUACUCUUCUUCUUCACUUCAUCGUGUUUUUAUCGUCAAUAUUCAGACGUCUGUUAUCUUUAAAUUUGUGGCUCCACCUCUGAAGGUCUGUCUUUGUUUGGGGGGGUUAGUGAUAACUGGGUCAGUCCAGAGCGGUGGACUCUGGAGUUUAUGGUCUGUUUGAACACAGACACACUCUGAACCUUCACACAGAUUCAAACCCUGACCUCCGACCCCUGACCUCCACCUUCAUCCUGAUCGUCUCCUAAAAGGUCAUAUCCUCCGAUCGUAGCUGAUCAUAACCAUUCAAGUUAACGUGUCAAUUUACACCGACUUCUUUCCGUUCCUCUGAGGAUCGCCGGACUCCUCAGCUGAUCACAAGAGUUCAACCCGCCGCCGCCGUUUAUCCAGACCCUAAAUCUAGGUGAGUCCACUCUGGAGGUCGGACUGUGUCGACAUCCUGGUCAGACGGGUCCGUCCUGCAGAGUCGGACUCUGAGUCAGGGGACGGGGACUGAUGUGGACUCCAUGUCAGGGUCUGGUUCUCACUGCUGUUUCCUUUUGUUUGACAGGAACUCGCUCGUCUCUCCUCGCCAUGGCGUCAGCAGCUCUGGAGCUGAUGGGCUUCUUCUUGGGCCUUCUGGGCAUGCUCGGUACGCUGGUCGCCACCGUCCUUCCUUACUGGCAGAUUUCCGCCCACAUCGGCUCCAACAUCGUCACGGCGGUGGCCAACAUGCGCGGUCUGUGGAUGGAGUGCGUCUACCAGAGCACGGGGGCGUUCCAGUGUGAGACCUACAACUCCAUGUUGGCGCUGCCCUCCGACCUGCAGGCGUCCCGCGCCCUCAUGGUCAUCUCUCUCGUCCUGUCCAUCCUCGCCAUCGCCGUGGCGGUCCUGGGGAUGCAGUGCACUCUCUGCUUGGAGGGCUCGGGCACGGUUAAGAGUCGAGUGGCGGGCACCGGAGGGGGGUUAUUCCUCGCCGCAGGCUUCCUGUCACUCAUCCCGGUGGCGUGGACCACCCAUGAGGUGGUCCAGAGCUUCUACCGACCGAGUCUACCGGCGAGCAUGAAGUUUGAGCUGGGGGAGUGUCUGUACGUGGGGCUGGCCUCGGCGCUCAUUUCCAUGCUGGGCGGAGCCAUGCUGUGCGUGUCCUGCUGCGAGGAACAGGAAGGCGGCCGUGCGAGGCGUCUUGGUGGAGGGUAUCCGUACCCGGUUCCCGGUGGGAUCCCGGGUCCAGGGGUGCGGACGGCCUCACAGACCUACCGAAACCCCACCCUGCACGCCGCGGGAGUCAACGCAGCCAGCAGGGGGGCGACCCUGCUCCGCAGUAACACGGGAAGCUCACAGUCAACUGCACACGCCGCACAGGGCGCCAAGAAGCCCACGGCGGCAGGAUAUGACAUCACAGGAUAUGUGUAGGGGUGAGUACGCCGCGGGUCGAUUAAACGGACAAUUAUUGGUUCACGGACACAAACGAAGACCAAUCAGGUGAUUUCAAGAAUCUGUCCAUGACGUGACGUCACGUUGGCGCCGGCCUUCCUCACCCGUGGAGGGUCCGGUUUUUGGUUUCUUACAGGAUUUGUUGGACCACCAUGACAGGAACAAACUGGUACAAACUAUCUAACGGCUCUGAUUCUGUAAAUGUUGGACCGGGUCACGAUUCCAGAACCUCGUCAGCAGCUCGGCGGUCAGACUCAGGACUUUCACCGUCUCAUCCCUGUGAGCAGGACUUAGUCUGAUCCUGGUCUGUGACUCCCAGUUUGUUCUGACCCGGGAUUUGAGCCGCAUUAAAGCUUCAAUGAGGGUUUUUAUCACAACGUAAACAAGACCAUCACAGACCAUCACAGACCAUCACAGACCCCAGAGAGGGUCUUUAUUUACUCUUUUUAAUGUCUUAAAAAACUACAGUGUGUGUGUGUGUGUGUGUGUGUGUGUGUGUGUGUGUGUGUGUGUGUGUGUGUGUGUGUGUGUGUGUGUCCGAUUCCCAGAUCAGAUAUUUACUUUAACUCGAACACUCGACUGUCAGCAGGAUGAGGUUUUUGUCACAGCUUCAACAUACUAAGACCGUUUUGUCCACAGGGGGGCGCCAACGUUGAGAUAAACCAAAAGUUCCUCACAGGAGCUUUAAAGAAGAAAAAGGAAGAAAAGAUAAAGUUAUAAAAAUAAAGUUUGAAGAUUCAGAGAGUAGAGUCGUGGUUUUUAUCUUUGAUUCGUCUAAAUUAAACCUUUCAGAGGAAAACGCUUCGAUCUCUCUCAGUCACUCUUUAUUUAUAAAUCAUUUAAUUCUCAUUAAACUUCAUAAAUUUUUAAUAUUGUGGUUUAAAAAAAGAUUUUUACUCUUUUCUGAUUUUAUUCUCAUGAAUUUACGACUUUUUACUCUUUUACCUGUAAAAUCACGACUUUGUUUAUUUCAGACUUUUUGUUUCUUUAUUCUAUAAAAUUUUUAGUGUUUUGACUUUUUUCUCAUUAAAUCCAAACUUUGUAAAAGUUUAUUUAAGACUUCUCUCUCUCUCUCUCAGGAGUAUUUUAAACCAAUCAGUUGUAUCUUGACUUUGUCGUCAUAAAACUUUGUCUUCAUUGGAGUAAAUUUGUGACUUUUUUAUGACUUUGUUCACCUGAAAUUUGACUUUUUCUUCUUAAACUUUGAAUUUUUUACGACUUUAUUUCAUCAAAUUUUAAUCUGAGAAAUUUAAUUUUUUUCUCAUAACUGAAUGAGAUUUUUAUACAUGAACUGUUCUGUAGUAGAUUGAUGAUUUUUUUUUUUACUUUAUUUGGACCAUUUUAAUUUUUCAGGUCUUUACUGUAAUCCUAGUUUAUAUCAUUUACAUAUAAACAUAUAUUAUAGUAUUAUAGUAGACGUGGUCCAUCAGGCUGUUUGAAAACACUGAAGUUUGACGGUUCCAUGUUGAUAUUUUUUGACCACCUUUUCAUUUCUGAUCAGAAUUUUCUUUUAUUGAUUAUUUUAGGAAGAAUUUAAACAGUUUUUGAAUUUUAAAAGUCGAUUAAUCACAGAACUGUCUUUUUUUAUCCUAAACCUUUUGUUGUUUUUUGUUCAUGUUAAUUCAAACUGUGCCUUCGUAUAUUAAACCCUCAUAUAUAACAGGAUGAACACGUGGACCUGAGAUCAGGUUUAUAUCUGCUGAUAAACGUCUGAACAUGUUUACUUCACAGACUUUAUUCAGUGGGUCCGUCUGAACUCGUCAUGAUUCUUAUAUAUUUAUAUUUAUACCAGAGUAAAUGUGUCGAUCCUUAUGGACCAAAAUCCAGACCUCAGAAAUCAGAACGACCUCCAUGAUAAUAAAUAAUUUAGUUCUUUAAUUUUGUUGUUUGUGACUUUUACAGUUUUUGAUUUCUCAGGACAAACAUGAUGAAGCCUUGAGGUCAUUUUAUUUAUUUAUUUUUUCACUCAAUUGUUCUUUUUUUUACACAAACGUCUGCUGAUGAUUUGAUUUUUCUUCCACACCAAAAACCUGUUUAAUUAAAGCAAAAAGAAAAAACAGACAUGGUUGAUUUUUGUCCUUUUUCCGUCUUAAAAACACUCUUUGCUCCAACAUGAAUGUCUGAUGGUAAAAUUUUAAAGAGCGGUGGCUUUUUGAGAAGAGAGAAUAAUUCAUUUUUUUCUUUUUUUUGUGUUUAUUCUCUUAAUCCGAAUCCACGUCCUUAAACUCAGGAGCAGACGUUCCCUCAGAGUUUCAGAGGGAAACUCAGAAUCUUUAGUCAACAAAUUAGGAAACAUUCAGACUGCAGGUCAGUUCUGAUUUUUUCAUCGGAGUGUGAACAGGUCAGUUCUGAUUGCAUUUUAUGCUUUGUGCGCACGCGGGUCACUUCAUGGACGCAUUCUGUUCACAUUAGAUGAUCGUUGUUGUUAAAUGAACGACCGCACAGAAAGAUCAGAUUUAACAAAAAAUCAGAAUCGUUCAUCAGAACCUGCAGAGUGAACGUAGACGAAGAUAAACAUGUUUGUGAGUUUGGAAAACUGCAGUAAUGUCACUACGCAGAGUUGACCCAAAAAUUCAGAUUAAAUAAAAGACGAAACUAGAAACAACAAAAACUUACUUUGAAAAAAACACAAGGAGACGAGGGACUGACAGAUCCAGGAUCACGGUGAACAGACAGACAGACAGACAGGGACUAAAAACACACUCAGGUAAACGAGACACAGGUGAGACUGAUGAGUGAGGAACGAAGGAGGGAAAACUAGAAACACAAGGAAUCAACUCCUACAAAAUAAAACAGGAAAUAAACACUGAAAACUGAUCUAAAGAAUAAAACUCAGAGAACAGGAGGGAAACAGGGUCAGACGGAGAACUCUGAAACUGGACUACAGGAGAACUGGAACAAUCAGGAAAAUACAGAAAAUGAUAAAACCAUGAGGAGAAAACUAAAUAAACAGGAUAUAUCACGAUAAACUGGUGUUAGUUUCCAUGUGUCUGUGAUUGUUGUUUUACAGAAUAAUAUCCUCAUUUAUUUAGUUUGGGAAAUAAAGAUGAAACAUUUUGGUUCUUUAUGAAGUUUUUCUGUUUCCUCAAACCUGAAGUGGGUUUGGUCCCAACUGUGUAAAAAAAAGAGUUUAUAUUUAUAAAAGUUCAUUUCUGAGUCAAAUAUUGUCUGUAAAGUUCGUUCUUUAAUCUGCAGUAUUUAUUUCACUCAGAGUGAGUUCGGUCUCUUCGGUCUCUUCGGUUCGGUUCCUCAUCCUGACGUCGGCUCCUCUCUUAUCCAGAGUUUUUAACGGUUAAAAUAAAACAGCGUUUCUUUGUGUUGGAGGAGCGUUCGGAGUGUUUUGAUGGUUUAGGAUGAGAAACUGAUCACAGCCCUGAACUUCAGGCCAACAGCACAAACAGACUGAACAAACAGAGCAGAGCCACUUUAGACCGAUCAAUACGCAGUUUCACUGAACGCCACGGGUCGACCCCGAGA